AGUGGGUUGAAGUGCAUUCUUGUGUUGUGUGUGAGGGUUAAAACCGGGGGGGUUGAGCCUAGUGACUGCCCCCGGCGCGAGCCCCUCGUCCUGCCCCUUGUUGUCAUGCACAGGCGCUCGUCCCUUUGGCACAGAGUGGGCUGGCGGCACAACAGCCAUGUGUUCCAGCUCCACGCUUUGAUGGCCUUAAAAAGAGAGAGAGGGGGGAAAAAACAAAACUUUUCAGAACUCUUCCUGAGAAGUGUUGCGUAAAGGGAGAGAGAGUGAGAAAAGGGGGACAGCGGCGGCGGCGAGUGUGAGUGUGAGACAGAGACGGUGACGCUGAGAGCAGGAGAGGCUGCAGCUCACAACCAGUCGACGUCCAUGUGGGAACUUGUGUCCAGCGGUUGAACUAUAGAGCAACUGUGCAGGUCCUCGCUGGUUUCCUCUCACACCCUCCGACCUUCACCAUCACCGGGUUCAGCGAUGCAGCGCGAGGACCUGUCAGCCCGGGAGGAGUUCACCUACAGCCCCAUGCCCAGCCUGGAGCGAGGCGGCGGCGGCGGCGGCGGCACGCUGGGCCGGCGGGGGGACAGGGGGGCGGAGAGGAGGCCGGACCGGGGCGAGAGGGACAGCUACACGGUGGACGUGAGGGCCAGCGACCUGCAGCUGGCCCAGCCGGAGCCGCCGAGGCACCCGUGCUUCAGCUGCAGGGCCUGGCUCUACAGCGUCCUCAUAGGGGGGAGUCUGUUCAUCACAUCUGGUUUCUCUCUGUACCUGGGGAAUCUGUUUCCCGUUGCCAUGGACUACCUGCGCUGUGCUGCCGGCUCUGGCCUCCCUGCAGCCAUCGCCAGUUUUGCGAUUGCCAAGAACAGACGCAUUUCAGUGUCAGACUUCCAGGUGGUGUUCGUGUCCACUUUUGCCGUGACCACCACCUGCCUGGUUUGGUUCGGUUGCAAACUGGUCCUGAACCCGUCGGCCAUCAACAUCAACUUCAACCUCAUCCUGAUGAUCGUGCUGGAGGUGCUGAUGGCCAGCACUGUCAUCCUGUCGGCCCGCUCGGCGGAGGACUGCUGCUGCCACAGGAAGCCGGUGGCAUAUGACAGACCUGUGGUUAUAACGCCUGCAGUCUUCCCGACUCGAGUCCUCAAGGCAUAUUCCGUCAUCGAGGUGAUUGUGGGGAUCUCAGCUGUUUUCGGAGGCAUAAUUGCCCUCAACAUGGAUGCCUUGCUGCCCGGCCCCUUCCUGUCGGUCACAUUUUUCUGGAUCCUGGUGGCCUGUUUUCCCACCGCUAUUGCAAGUCACGUGGUCUCAGAGUACCCCAACAAAUACCUGGUGGAGGUGCUGAUUGCCAUCAGCAGCGUGACGUCUCCCCUGCUCUUUUCUGCCUCUGGCUUCCUCUCUUGCAGUGUGAUCAGCUUUAUUGAAAUUUUUCUGCGUGACGUGCCUACAGCCAAGCAAUCCUACGACAUCCUGCUGCUGAUUCUCAUGGUGCUGCUGCUGGUGCAGGCAGUUCUGACUUCGGCCACUGUGGUGCACUGUGCCUCCUACAAGAGUCAGCUCCGCAUGGGGUCUCCAGAGUGUGACGACCGCAUGCACACCCAUUACUGCGAGCAGCAAACACCUAAUGGAACGCUGCAGGAUUUCGAUAAGGACAGAGCCUGGAAAGCAGUUGUGGUUCAAAUGGCCCAAUAAACAUCUCCCAAGUAGUUUGGAUGAGAAGGGAAAAAAAAGAAAUAUGUCAAUCAAGCUGUAGGCUCUUAAAACAGAAUGAGAAGAAAGAAUCAGUGAGAAGAAAGAAACAGCAAUGUAAAAAAAUAUGUUUCCUGUUUGUUUCGGAUGAAGAUGUUUGCGUAGAUAUUGCUCUAAGCACUACACGUGUACAGUAACGUUCAACACUGUAAACCCGAUAUGCAAACCCGAUCAUUAUGGUUUUAAUCAUACUCACUAACAUAAAGCCUGUUGUUUAAACCUGUGUGUGUGUGUGUGUGUGUGUGUGUGUGUGUGUGUGUGUGUGUGUGUGUGUGUGUGUGUGUGUGUGUGUGUGUGUGUGUGUGUGCGUGUGCGUGUGUGUGUGCGUGUGUGUGUGUGUGUGUGUGUGUGUGUGUGUGUUUCUUAUUUGAAAAUCAGAACAAUGUUCUUAUUAAAGGACUGAUGGGCUUUUUGUCUUCUGCUGUUACCUAGUAUAUGCAGUAUUUGUAUCCUCUGUGAUGAAACAUUAAUAUCGGCUGAUGCUGAAGGACGAAGCUGGUCUGACUGGGCAUAGUUCAGCCUCAGGACUUUCAGACUUUCACAAGCUGACCAAUCAGAAGGGGCAUAGACUACACGCGGGUUACAUAAGGAUACAUUAUACAUUAUAGCAUGUUAUGCCUAUUUUAAUCGCAUAAUCUUGAAUAAUUUCUGAACCAUGCUUUAAACGUUACUCAACCACUCAUCCCUUUACUAAACCCUUGUGUAGUUUCAGGUAAACACUGUACAUAAAGUCUCUUUUAUGUUGCCUGUAACAGAGCUAUUGUGUUUAAAUGGGUUGUGUCUUUCCUAAAGGCUGUUCUUCUAGCACGUUUCAUUACCAUCAUGUCAAGAAGCGGCAUCACGUCUCAUGUGAACAACAUCAGCACCAUCAUUUCUGCAGAGAGAGAGAGAGAGAGAGAGAGAGAGAGAGAGAGAGAGAGACUAUAUUUGGAAACAAACAUAGCCAGGAGCGUAGAGAAUUCCUAACCGGCAGGAACCGGAAAACUGACUUGUUACCAGCGAGGACGUGCUCACUGGGAGAAUCCAGACUGGGGGAUUUUAUAAUCUGAGUAAUUGUAAAAUAACACUCUGAAUGAUGAAAAGUGUUCAAAACUACUAUUUCACCCAUUGAUGGGUCUCAUAAAUUGUGCAUAGCCAUAUGCUACUAACCCACAGGUGGUUUAAGUGAUUAAAAAUACCUUUCCAGAGUUUACAAGCCUUCCUAUAAAUUGUACUGAACUGGUGUAACCAUC